CCUCUGGAACUGCGGCGCGACCCGGGGCAGGUGGGCUGCCUGCCUGGCCUGAGCCGUGCCCGCCACCCCGGAGUCAUCCCGCCGCCCUACCCCAACGGCUGGUACCGCCUGCUCGACUCCCCGCAGCUGCCCCGCGGCGCCGUCCGCAGCCUCACCCUGCUCGGAGAACAUCUUGCCGCGUUUCGCACCCAGGAUGGACAGGCAUAUGUGGUCGACGCUUACUGCCCUCACCUCGGUGCUAACCUUGCUGUGGGUGGUCGUGUCGUGGGUAAUUGCAUCGAAUGUCCAUUUCAUGGAUGGCGGUUUCGAGGAAAAGAUGGAAAAUGCACCAGCAUCCCAUACGCUGAAAAAGUGCCAGAUUUUGCAACGGUUCGGACCUGGCCCUCCUGUGAAGUGAACGGGAUGCUGCUGGUCUGGUAUCACUGUGAUGGGGUCAGUCCAACAUGGGCUGUCCCUGAGCAGCGGGAGAUCACCACGAAAGACUGGGUGUUUCGUGGGCAAACAGAGCAUUUCAUCAAUGCACACAUUCAGGAAAUCCCUGAGAAUGCAGCUGAUACAGCUCAUCUGACUUUUCUCCAUGGACCAGCUAUUCUGAGUGGAACUGAUUUGAGGUAUACAAGGUCCAAGCUGUGGGGUUUUAUGAAGCAUAUCUGGAAGGCUGAAUGGCAGCCAGAACCAGGGCCCAACAAGCACUGCUCCCAGUUGCUGAUUAAACACAGUGCAACCGUGUUUGGGAAACACUUCUCCUUGCUGGAUUUGACUGUUUCAGCCAGACAAGUGGGCCCAGGACUGGUUUUCCUGAUUUUUGAGCAUGCUUUCCUGGGCCAUGGGAUCAUUCUGCAGACUGUGACUCCCGUUGAGCCUCUCCUGCAGAAUGUUGUCCAUAAAAUCUACUAUCAGAAGAACAUGCCAGCCAUAAUCCCCAAGUUCAUCCUGAAAGCAGAGUGCAUACAGUUUGAACGUGAUAUAACCAUCUGGAAUAACAAGCAGUAUCUCUCUAAGCCCUUCCUUGUAAAAGAAGACUCUACCAUCCAAAAGCAUAGACGGUGGUAUGCUCAAUUCUACAGUGAGAGAAGCAUGAAGUUCACAGUGCAAGAGGGCCUGGACUGGUGA